AUGACAAACUUGCUUCAGCUUGUGCGUGACCUCUGGGUUCAUAUACUUGUCCCUAUGGGAUUUGUCAUUGGCUGUUAUCUAGAUAAAAGGAAUGAUGAAAAGCUAACUGCCUUCCAGAAUAACAGCAUGCUGUUUAAAAGGGAGCUAAGGCCCAAUGAAGAAGUUACUUGGAAGUAA